CAUGUUGAUAUACAAAGCUGCUAUCUGAUUACGUUUAAGCCCAGAUUUUAAACUGUCUGUAAAAAUUACCAACAACAACGGAGUAACCGGUCACACCGUGGCUUCUACUGAAACAAGUAUUUCACCAAUUGAAAUGUCCACUGCCAUCAUCAAUGGGCAUCAAGCAAGCACAGAUGAUUAUACUAAACAUGUCUUCGGUGCCUAUGAUUCAACGCGGGCGGAACAAGUCGAAGACGAAUCCAAGACAUGCGGAAAAAUUUUAAUCGUCUUGUCAUGGAUUGUCGUCGUUCUUACUAUGCCAUUUUCCUUGAUGGUUUGCUUUAAGGUCGUUCAGGAAUACGAAAGAGCAGUUAUUUUCCGUCUUGGUCGUUUAUUAUCCGGCGGAGCGAAAGGACCAGGCAUAUUUUUUAUUCUGCCUUGCAUAGACGCAUACGCUAGAGUGGAUUUAAGAACAAGGACAUAUGACAUUCCACCCCAAGAGGUUUUAACCAAAGACAGCGUAACAGUUUCCGUGGACGCAGUGGUAUACUAUCGCGUCUCGAACGCAACUGUUUCCAUCGCCAACGUGGAAAAUGCGCAUCAUUCCACCCGACUGUUGGCACAAACCACCUUGCGUAACAUCAUGGGCCAACGGCCAUUGCACGAAAUUCUAAGCGAGCGCGAAAGCAUUUCGCAACACAUGAAGGCACUGCUUGACGAAGCUACCGAUUCUUGGGGAAUAAACGUUGAGAGAGUCGAAAUAAAAGACGUUCGUCUACCGGUUCAACUCCAAAGGGCCAUGGCGGCCGAGGCAGAGGCAUCUCGCGAAGCCCGUGCAAAAGUAAUCGCCGCCGAGGGUGAACAGAAAGCCUCCAGGGCCCUCCGCGAGGCCUCCGAGGUGAUAGGCGACUCUCCUGCCGCCCUCCAGCUACGCUACUUGCAGACUCUCAACACAAUUUCAACUGAGAAGAACUCAACAAUCGUGUUCCCACUACCGAUUGAUAUACUUUCAUAUUUUAUGAGGGCUCAACAGGCUCAACAUUCUUCUGAGUAAAAGAAAGUUUAAAAAAUACUUAGCAAUCAUAUUAAUUAAAACCUAUUUUGGUUAUUUCGGAAUUUAUUUCAUACUACCCCUAAAAUGUGUUUAUAUUAUACAAUUUAAAA